AUGCCUUCCCUCAGUCAAAGCUUGGCCCUGGGGUACGUCAUCGUACUUCAGGUGCUCUACCUCUCCUUCGGCACCAGAGGAGGAAUCGUCAUCGACCUCGUUUUGGCCGCUUUUAUAGCAGUCCCCGUCACCGCUGGAAUCCGGCUCAUUGUCUCCGCCAUCAGCCCUCGCACCAGCAAGACCGUCCUCCCUGGUCGUUCUGUCGAAUACUACAUGACCUUCAAGCAUCCAGCAAAUGUCAAGUACCGCGGCAAGAGAAAGAUCCCGAUGGCUACCUUCUGCCAGAUGCACCUCGAUGGAGACGUUAAGAUGAACGGAGAUAUCCACCCAGCCCACGAGAGACUCGAUCUAGGCAUACUCCGCGGCUUCCUGGGACCCCGGAUGGUGUACACUUCAGGUCUCGUCCGCGACACCAACAAGCAAGAGUUCCUCGAGGAACUCGAGAACAAUAGACUCGGCGUCAUCUGCGAAAAGAACCACCUCAAUCCGUACGACAGAGUCCUCAGCAUCGGCUACGGGUGGGAAGCGUUCGCCAACUACGCCCGUCGUAUCUUCCCUCACGUCCCAUUCACUGGUCUCAACCACGUCGCCGAGUACACCAACAUCGCUCCCAUCAAAGGCAGCUACAAGAAAAUCGUCUGCACGUAUCUAGCCGAGCACAAAGGCCCCGACAACUUCAUGGCUCUGCACAACGGCCCCGGCGAGUACUCAGACUUUUUCAAGCACAUUCACGGCCUGCUCGCCGACGGCGGCAUCUUCUUCCUCGAGGUCGCGGGCGGUAAUGAGCCCUGGCAGUAG